AUGUUGUCAAGACAGAUUAACACAAAUAUGUCAACACAGUGUAGAAGACUUUCGUCAACGUUACAAUUUCGAUUGAAUCUUAUGAAAUCUGUUGAUGAAAACAACUCAGGCAUUUAUGAAAGUGAUCAGGAAAAUCAGUGUGAUAAUGCAUCAACAUGCAAAUGCACGUGUCAUGACAGUCAUCAAAAGCUUCCACACAAACAAAUAUGGAACUGGGAACAGUUAGACUGUAGAAAAGUUUACAUCCCUCCAUUCUACUUGACCAGUGAAUAUCAUUCAGACACUUAUUUACACAUACAAUCAAAAUGCUAUAAUGGACAAUCAGUCCCACCAAAUACACCACAUAAAUCUAUGAUGAUGAUGAUGAGAAAGCAAGGCGAAUUUAUCAAAGCAACAGAUUCAAUUCUGUGGAUUUAUCCACCUCAGAAGAUUCUUUAG